AUGGAGUACCUACAGAUCGACACUCAAUCACCGCAGGCAUACGUCCCACUCGUUUGUGGUUGGAGGCCCACUGUUGAUUAUCCGUUGGAGGAUCUACGAAAUUGUCGUGCCGACGCAGAAGAAGAAAUAGAGGGGUGUAUCUCAACUUUGCAAAGCCUCAAACCACAUGUUGCUGCUGUUCACGCCUUUUUCGUCAGCAAAAUAUACGCCAACAUCUACCUGAUCCUGGUGAGCGGUCCUCUGAGAAAACCGUUACUUCCGCAUGCGUACAUUGAGCGUAUCGAUGCGAUUGUUGCGCCAUGGAAGGACUUCUACAAAUUAGCGAUACAAACGAUACGAUGGCCAUGGGAUGAAGAUAGUUUUUUGACGUAUGUUCCCAACCGGGAGAAUCUUGACCCAGAGGAGGAGGGCCAAGCGUACGACACCUGUUACUCCUGGCUUACUCUGGAUCUGACGGCCAAUCGUCGAUAUCAUUGGUCAGACUUGCUAUAG